AAUCCACGCACCCACCACAGAAGUGAGCCUCCCAACGGGUAGAAAAAACGACACACACAACCCACAGUGCGUCUGCAGAGUGCAGAUUGAGUUAUUGAAGUUUUCGAGUGUGGUAAAUAAGUCCAACCUAGACACGUAAAUAGAAGGCAGCAAAACGGGUUUUAAGGAUUGAGCUCCACCUCAACACGAAAAAUCGCCCCUCUACUUUGUCCUGUUGAAGUAAAUUCGCAUUAUCGGCACCCAAUUAUUGAUUACUCCAACAUGGGUUGAUUACGAUUUCGAGCGUUUAAUUGAUUUCCUGCUGCAAAAUCUUCUCUUGGGUUUUUGCUUUUCCGGGUUAGUCUCUCGCUCUCUCUCUCGAGAUGGUCUUUAAUUUUUCUGGGUUUUUGAUUUUUAUUUAUUUGAUUUGAGAAAGAGGGCAAAACCGAAUCUGAUCCUUACUUUGUUUCGAAGGUUUACUUGUUUCCAAGUGAGAGAAAGAUUAGCGAAUUUUGUGUGAAAAAGCUGAAGCUUGCUUUGUAUUGAGUGGUGGAUUGAGUGAAAUGAAAUUGCUUGCAGGAUCGCUAGCUCAGAAUAACUAAAUCAACAUGUGCAACUCCGGUCGAUUCUGAUGCCUUUUCUUUUGGGCAUUGAAAUAGUAGAGCUUCAAAGAAUCCAGUAAACAGCAUUUUUGAAAAAAUCAUGCUUCCUGGUGGCACAUAUGAGAGCAUUAUUGAGGGCCGAAGUGCUGAUAACGAUGUUGCUCCCGAGAUUAUUGAAUAUAGAGCCUCUCCUCAUAGGAAGAUCUCACCUUUUAAUGGUGCAAAACGUGGCAUAACAUCAAAUACUGCUGUGCACGAGCUACUUGAAUGCCCUGUUUGUAUGAAUGUAAUGUACCCCCCAAUUCACCAGUGUCCAAAUGGUCAUACUUUAUGCUCGAAGUGCCAGUCGAAGGUGCGGUGUUGCCCAAUUUGUCGUCAUGAGCUUGGGAAUAUUAGAUGCUUAGCGUUGGAACGAGUUGCGGAAUCACUUGAAUUGCCAUGCAAGUUCCAGAUUCUCGGCUGUCAGGAUAUUUUCCCUUAUCAUGGCAGAUUGAGGCACGAACAGAAUUGUAGGUUUCGUCCCUACAAGUGCCCGUAUGCUGGAGCAGACUGCCCCAUCAGCGGUAGCAUCCCAUUCCUCGUGGACCAUCUCAAGAGAGACCACAACGUUGAUAUGCACGACGGCUGUACGUUCAACCACAGAUACGUGAAAUCCAACCCACAAGACGUCGAAAACGCUACCUGGAUGCUGACUGUUUUCAACUGCUACGGCUACCAGUUCUGCUUGCACUUCGAGGCCUUCAAUCUAGGGAUGGCGCCUGUGUACAUGGCGUUCAUUCGCUUCAUGGGCGAUGAUCACGAUGCCCGGAAGUUCAGCUACAGCCUGGAGGUUGGAGGAAACGGCAGGAAGAUGACGUGGCAAGGGGUCCCCAGGAGCAUCCGCGAUGGUCACACAAAAGUCCGUGACAGCAUGGACGGGCUGAUCAUCCAACGGAGCAUGGCGCUCUUUUUCUCCGGUGGUAACAGGCAGGAGCUGAAGCUGAAGGUGGCGGGGCGGAUAUGGAAAGAAGAAGCAUAGAGAGAUUGGUUGAGUCGACUGGCGGUGCGAUCGCCUCUCCCCUUGGACGGGUCGAAUACAGGCAUGCGAAGGGAAUCUCUCAUGAUUGGUGCAAGGCUUUUACUUAUUUAUCUGUACAUGAAAACUACAGAAUGAUGUUGGGCUAAUCCUUAAACUUGUUUAAUCUCAAUAGACUAAAUUAACCUCAAAAAAUUUUCUUGUAAAAUCUUGAUGGGAUGACUUUUGCAUAUCAGUUGAGGCAUGAAUCUUGCUCAAUUUUAGUCAGGGGGUAAAGAAGUCAAGUUGUUUUGUGAUUGAA